CAAACACAUCCACGAUACGACUCGGUCUUGACUUAGCGGUCAAUGCAAGUCCAAGUCAAGUCCUGAAACACACCCUCUACAGUAUCAGUCUCGACGCCUCAUCAUUCAGGAAUGGCUCUAGACCGCUCUUCUGAAACCGACGCGAGCCGACCCUUCCAGCAAGAUCACGCUGUACAGUAUGUGCCAUCGCCCCCAAGUCAAUCCUCCCUAAUUCCAGCGAAUGUGUUACCGUAAGACAAACACCUCCAAUCGAGAGUCGAUACUGUCACUCACUCACUCACCUACCCACCUAUCCCCCUAUCCACCUACCUACCCACCAUCCAGUCUGACAUCCACCACCUAAACAGCAGCGACAGAAGCAGCAAACCCUCGAGAAACAGCCACCCAAUUUGUCUUGACAAGAAUCCUGGCCGACACAGCUCCGCCUAGCUGGAUCUCAGGGAUGCAGUUUCCCCGUCUCGUUCCAGUCCACUCCCAAUCCCUAUGUAUUCCGUACUGUACGGUACAGUCCAGCAUCCCACCCCACCCCAUCCCACCGCGGACCCAUCCUCGAACAUCCGAGCACACAUUUCCGGUCCCGUCACGUCACGUCAGGGCCGGGGCCGGGGCCGGGGAAGGCAGGCGGGAUCCCCGCCGGGCGUCGGUUGUAACUGGUCUGAGGGCAGCACCAGCACCAUUACAGCACCAGCACCCAGCACCCAGCACAGCACGGAUCAUCCAUCCCAGCAUAUCCCAGCGAUCCCAGCAGUCCCAGCAGUCCCAGCAAUUCCAGUGGGGACUGGGGAACGGGGAACGGGGACCGGGGAACACCCGGCUAUCACUGUUACGUGGGAUCCGCGUGAGCGGGCGGGAUGGCUGUGCAAGGAGAGUGAAAGGAGGGGAGUCGAGUCCGUAUUCUAACGAUGUCAUGGUAGCACGGAUGCCCUGCUGUGUCGCCGGAGUCGAAUCCCUCGACGGAUUCGACCCGGGACUUUACCAGUACAUACAGCACCUACUGACAGUCAAAAACCAGGCUAGAUCGGUCGAAGGGUAAGGGUAAGGGUAAGUGCAUAACGUGUUUGUGUGUGUGGAGCUAAAACAUGAAACCUAAGGUGGAAAAUAUGAACAAACGCAACGCCAGACCGGUUAUGCCCCACCAGCUGCAAAAGCAUAGAAAGUUCCCCCGUGACCCCCCAAAG